UGGUUUCUUUAUUGUCCUGGUGCCCCUUGGAUAUCGAGUAAGACUGUAAGAGUAAGGAGUAACUAAUACGGAGUACUUUGUGUUCGGAAAAGUGCCAAAAACUAAUCCAUGGGUUUAGUUAACUUAGCCCAAAGUUAAGAGCCUAGAAAGAACAUGGUAGCAAUUUAGCACGUCUUUUAGCAGAAAGAAAAAGAAAAAUAAAAAUAAAAAUUUCCCUCCAGAAAAGCCGUCUCCUACACGGAGCAGAAAGAGAGAAAAAAUAAACCAAAACCAUGGAAAUCGAAGGUUCAGAUGGGUCAAAAUUCAAACUUAAACCAAAUUCAACCACCAUUUUUGGAAGAGGAAAUGGGUUUUACUCAAACGACUUAACAGUUUCUCGUCGUCAAGUUUCGUUCGAUUUUAAUCCCUCAGAAGAUCCCCAAACAGCUCCUAGGGUUUCAUUUGAAGUCCUUGGAAAAAAUCCAAUUUGGGUUCACAUAAAACAGCAGGAAAAUGGAAAUGUUAAAGGUUUUAAGAGAUUUCAAAGGGGUGAAUUGGGUAUUGAUGAUUUGUUCUGUGUUUCUGCUAAAACCCCUAUUUGGUUUACUCUCAAGAAUAUUGAAGAUGUUUUUGAAGAGAGAGAAAAUCAAUGUGAGGAAGUUGAGGGAAAAAUUAAUGCUGAUUUGAGUGAAAGUUUGGAAACUGCUUCUGGGUUUGAAGAAAUUGAGGAUAUUGGGUUGGAUUCUGUUGAUCUUUCUAACAUUGACCCAAUUCAAGAGUUUGGUUUUCUUGUGAUUGGACACGAGUUUGAUCAGUAUCCUAAGCACAUGAUUCGUGAUAUCAAGAAAUGGGACUGGUUCCUUGACGAUCCUAAGAGACAUUCUGAUGAUGAGGAUGAUUCUGAAAAGAAAGGAACUACAAGUGGAAGGAGGAAGAGGAAGAAAACUAAUAGAGGAGAAGAUGAUGAUGUAGAAGAAGAGUGGACUGCUGAGAGUGAAGGCGAGGAACUAAUCACGAAGGCAAGGAAGGUUCAAAGACCAAAGUAUGAUACUCGAUCAAAAGACCACAGUGUACGCCUAAAAGGUACAAUGAACAGGAAUUCUUCCACCAACACAAGCACAAGGGAAGAGGAGGAAGAAUCUGAAGAUGAUGAGGAUGAGACCUUAGGAGGCUUUAUUGUAACUGAUGAUGAUGAUACAGUAGAAGAAGAUGGAAAUGAUGAAAUGGACGAGGAUGAAGAGGAAGAAUAUAUUGAAGAUGAACUAGAAGAUUAAUGGCCCUUGUGUAUAGUUUAGCUGCCAAGUGUUUUUGCUGCACAUUGUAUAUAAAUGUAUGAAUAUAUCAAAUGUUUAGUGUUUGUUUACCUUCACUUUGAUUUA